AAAAAUAAAAUACAAAAUUAAGAAAAAAAAACUUUGGGAUGCCGUCGAAUAAAAACAGCGCACCUCCCAUCACUCCGUUUCGUGUCGCUUUUUGGCGGUUUUAGCUUUUUUCGGUUUCGAACAUUCGCUCGAAUUUCUCUCUAACUCUCACUCUCCAUCUCUCUCUCUUCAAUUCAACACUUCGAGGUUAGGGAUAGGCUAGUUCGGGAUUGCUUUGGCCGAUGAAUGAGCGAGGUAAAACUUCAAUUUUUAUUGCAGAACAAUGGAUGCUAUUCAACACAACAUGAGAUGGAUCGUGAAGACUAUUUGCGGAAGUGUUCCAAUAUGAAAUGCCAAAGAGUUCAGGUGGAUGAAUCAUAUGUACCUGCUCUUCAAGAUGGAGUAAUGGAAGUUGAGCAUUUGCUUGCAGAACCUAGAAACAAUCUUGCUCCCCAGGAUGGUAGCUUGAAUUCUCAUACAACUUUGAACAGCAAGGAUGAUUUGGAACUGGAGGUACUUGAUGGAUUGCUAGAUGAUGUGGAAAUUGAUGAUCUUGAAGGAGCUGAUGGUUUCCCGGGUGCAUGUGAAGAAUAUUUUUUUGAUUUUGGAUUUGCUGACAAAUUUGAGGAGGUACUGGGUUCUGGUCCUUUUGAAGGUUCGGAAAGUCAUUCGUCAGGAUUAAGUAGAAGUAGCAUUGUUGGUGGGGUUUUAGAAUCAACAGAAGUACCUAUUGCACACUCUGAAAGCAAAAAUGAUUCUCUGGAUGAGACAGUAACCUAUGAAUCACAUGGUGCCUUCAGCAACAAUCCUAGUCAACCAUCACAAGGAAAUUGCAGGUACAACAUUUCACUUGAUAUACAGCAUCUGCAAGAGUUGGAUAACUAUCGUCAUUUAGCUGGUGGUAUACUGACUUGUAAGAAGGACAAGGGUCCUGUCGAGAAAGGCCAACCUGCUGCACUUAGAGAGAAAAGGUUCCGGAAGCCUACGCAAAGGUAUAUUGAAGAAUUUUCAAAUGCGAGGUCAAAGGAAAAGGUACCACCUGCUGGUACAAAAACUAAACAUUCGAGUAACUCAUCAUGUAAUGUACUUCAUAUAAGAAUUAAAUCAUCGAAAAGGAGUCCAAGCGAGAAGUCUAGUAAUGAAAAUAGUGAGGUGAUGCUUCCUGAGUUGCAAGUUAGCAAAGGGCAUCAGAAGAAAGAGAAACUUCAGUAUGAGUAUGAAUCAUUUCCCUCGGAAUCUGAGGAUGGAUGUUCAACCACAAAAAGGUCUAGAAGAAAAGAUAGAAGAAAGCAUCAGAAGAUGUGGACUCUCCCUGAAGUGUUGAAGUUGGUUGAAGGCAUAUCUGAAUAUGGAGUUGGUCGUUGGACUGAUAUUAAGAAGUUUUUGUUUUCUUCUUCAAGCUACAGAACUCCCAUAGAUCUCAGGGACAAGUGGCGAAACCUUUUGAGAGCCAGUUCUGUGCAGAAAAACAAGAAAGAGGUUGAGCAAAAUGACGAGUUAGCCCUGCGUCCCUUACCAUUUAAUGUGGUACACCGUGUGCGAGAAUUGGCUAAAAUUCACCCAUACCCAAGGCAACGUGGGUCAAAGAAGUUACGUGUUAGCCAAGCUGGUCCCUCUGUCGUCGCAGAUUCUCCUCCCGUUAGUCUUAGCAAAAGAAAUGUACGUAGAAAGUUUACUUAGAAGAAGUCCAUGUGUAAAACAGUCCAGGGAAAUCUAUAGUCCAAAGGAUGUUGUUGAAAUUAGGUAUCAUAUUUGCACAAUUUUAUACUGUCAAGAAAUUCCUGCAUGUGUAUCUACAAAGGCAUAGAAAUUUUGAAUUGUAAACAUGAAGAAAUCAUUUGUGAUCCUACAAUAGAUUGGGAUGAUGCAUACAUCUCUAACCGCUUCA